UUCAAACCGCAAAUUUAUAUUUUGCGAUUUCUGCAAAUAUCAAUAAAAUGAGUAGAAGACCGCACCAUUAUUAUUUGAUGCAGCCUUGGCGAAAUCAAAAAUACACUAAAAAGCGAAAAACAUGUCGAAAAUGUUCAAAUGAAGCGGAUGCAAAAUCUUUGAUACCGGAAAGUAGACAAGAGUCAUCAGUCUUGAAUCAAGAGAAUUCAUGUUAUUUCCAAAUGACGAUUGAUGAGACAGAAAUUAUGGAUAACCUUAGAUACGAUUCCGUAGAUCAACAUAAAUCGAUUGCAAAUAGUUUUGAUAGUUACGUAGGAACUGGAACAGAAAGGACAACCAAUAUCAGUAACGCUUCUGCGAAUCAAAAUAAGUCUACUGUAAAUUGGAAUCAUGCUGAUAGAGCCGUAGGACCUGAAAUAAUAGUUGACGAUGACAGAGAAGAAUUUAUUGAUGAAAUUGUCACUGGUAUGCACACUGAAUACGAAUACAUUGAGUUCGCAAAUAAUUUAUGUCUCAGUGAUGUGCUCUUCAUGACACUUAACUUUUACAUCAAGCAUAAACUCUCUCAAAGUGCUUUAGAAGAUUUAUUAAAUCUGCUAAAUACAUUAACCAGAAAAAAACCAUUUCCUCAAACAUUUGCAACUUUUGCAAAGCAAUUUCCUGAUAGAUACGGGAUGGAAAGAAACUACUUUUGUGUUAAUUGUCAGUAUGGGUAUAAUGGAAAACCUCAACCUGAUUUAAGAUGUCCUGUAGAAAAUUGUGGCUAUAUUGCAAAAGACUUUUUUAUAACUAUACCAAUCGAACCGCAAAUUAGAGAAUUAUACUUAAAAUAUUCACAAGAGAUUGCGCACUAUGAAGAAUACAUAAAAAAUAACAAUAUAGCCGACAUCAACAGAGGAAAGUUGGCAAAUAACAUCUUUAAAAAGGAAAACUAUAAGUUCAUAACGCUCUCAGCAAACGAAGAUGGGGUAGCAGCUUAUAAAUGUACUAACAAAAAACCUCCUAGUUAUCAACAAUUUACCUCCAAAAAUAAGAUUCAACAAAAAUAAUUUGGUAUUGGCUAGUCUGUGGUUUAAUACCGGUAAACCGAAUAUGGCUCUUUUUCACAAAAAAAUCAUUUUGGAACUUCAAAAACGGCGGACUGGAAUGUUAAUUGGAACAAAGAAUUUUCAAAUAAUUCUUCUCCAGUGCAGUUUAGAUUCGGUUGCCAGAUGCGAGCUAUUUUGCUCGAAGCAAUUUAAUGGUCAAUACGGUUGCACUAUGUGCUUACAUCCAGGAGAUUUGGUUAAUAAGCAAAUUCGGUACCCAUAUCAGAAGGCAAAAUUACGACAAGAUGAUGAUACAAGAGCGGUUAUGAUUAAGCGUAUUGACUGGAGUGCCAAACUUUAACAUAGUUGACGGACUACCAGUGGAUUAUAUGCGGAACGGACAAUAUGGGAACUGUUAUUGGAGAACACAGGUUUCGAGAGUAAAGAACAGCCAUAUUACAUUGGCCAUAAGAGAAAGAUAAUUGAAAGCAGGCUUUUGAAUAUUCGGCUUCCCAGCAGCUUCCCUCGGCGGUUGCGUAAAAUAGAGGAGUAAACGAAAUAUAAAGCAUCGGAGUGGGAAUCAAUACUACUACACUGUUUUUAUCCAUGUUUAUCGGAUUUGUUGCCAUCGGUUUAUUUGAAACAUAUAAUGUUGUUUGCCAGUACCAUGUUUCUAUUAUUGGAGUUCAAUAUCCAGGAACAUAUUCUAUCUCUGUGUGAAAAACAAUUAAUAAAAUUUGUUAAAGACUUUGAAAAACUGUAUGGGAAACCAUACAUGGUAUACAAUGUCCAUAUUUCACAACAUUUAGUGAAUGCUGUUCGUAACUUAGGUGCUCUAUGGAAUUUUUCACUUUUUCCUUAUGAGAAUGGCAACGGAAUGCUGACGGCUUUUCAUUCGUCAAACAACCACCCAGUCUUACUAGUGGCAACCAAAUAUUUUUUAAACAAACUUGUUCAUCACACACAAUUACCUAUCAACUCUCCAAUUUUUGAAAACUAUUGAGUUUACCAGCUAAAUCAUUAAAGUAUGAUGCUAGAUUGAAAACAAUGUUACUGUUGCUGAUCAUAUGCGAGAAACUGACUUCAAUGAUAUUGGAAAAUGCCAAUAUGAAGGGAUUAACAUAUGUGCAAAAGAAAUAUGUAGAAAAUUUGCAUAUGAUGAUUCUUAUGUUUGUUUAAAUGGCAUGUUUUAUCAUGUAGAACGUGUUCUUGUUGAUAAAAAAGAAAAACUUUAUAUUAUAGGAACACAGAUGCUAGCUAAAAAAUUGUUCGCCAAUAUGUUUUUAUACACAUUUUCCAAAAACAUGAUACUAUUAUUAUUGAAUGAAUCAGUGCGACAAUGUGUGAGUGUU